UGUACUUUGAACCCCUAAAAUAGUUUCAUCCUGCCCCAAGUAUGCUUCACUUGUGAAAAUUACCCAUUUUAUAUAUUUAUAUAUAUAGCAGUUUAGAGAGGGAGAAACUCUGCAUUCAAGCUCUAGUACACCCAAGAGAUCCGGUUCUUAAACUUUCACAUACUCCCCGUCGUUGCCUUCCAAUAUUAAUAUAUAUGGCUUCUUCCUCAAACUCUGAAAUAUCAUCUUCUGUGAGUAAGUACCCAUAUCCAGAAAAGGUUAAGGUGAGGAAUUAUGUUGGUGUCAUUCUCUCUAAACAAAACUACUUUGUGUGGAGAAAGAAGAUGCUUCUUUUUUUUAAGCGGCAAGGUUUGGUUGGUUUCAUCAAUGGUGAAGUUGUGGCACCACCGGAAAAGAUCACAAUACCAAAUGACGAUGAUGUUAUCUCUCCCAAGGGCACAAAGGAGAUCGAGGACCAGGAUUACGAGGACUGGAAAAGAUCGGAUGAAUUGUUACAAAGAUGGAUAAGAGAGACGAUUAGUGAAGACGUUCUUCCGCAUGUGGUGUGCUUGAAAACUGCUCAAGAUAUGUGGUCAAAGUUAAUUACCCUGCAUGAAACAAAAAUAGAGUACCCACACCCAGCAGAGAUCAACGUGAGGGAUUUUGUUCAAAUCCAGCUCUCUAAAUUAGAUAACUAUUUUAGAUGGAAGUCAUUGAUGCUUGGUCUUAUUGAGAAUCAAGGCAUGUUUGGUUUCAUAAGUGGUGAGGUUUCAGCACCACCUGAAACGAUCACAGUACCAGACGACGACGACGAUGAAGAAGAUAGCUUCUACCUUGGCACGAAGGAGAUAGAGAACCAGGAUUAUCAGGAUUGGAAAAGAUCCGACGAGCUCUUGCAAAGUUGGAUAAAGGAAACCAUCAAUGAAGAUGUUCUUCCAAAUGUUGAGUGCUGGAAAACUGCUAAAGAUAUGUGGUCACAGUUGGUUAUCCUGGGUGAAAGAAAAAUGGAGUACCUAAUAGAUAUCAAUGUCACGGACAUUGUUCCCAUCAAGCUCUCUAGUAGUACCGAUAACUACUCUAGUUGGAAAACGCUGAUGCUUCAUUUUAUUGAGAGUCAGGGCAUGCUUGGUUUCAUCAAUGGUGAGGCUUCAAAACGAACACUUUCUGACGACAACAGCAGCAACGAUGAAUGGAGAAACUCAGACAAGAAGUUGGAGAGAUGGAUCAAGGAAACGAUCAAUGAAGACAUCCGGCGAGAGUUGGUACUGCUUGAAACAUCAAAAGAUAUAUGGCAGAGGUUAAUUAUCAUGCAUGAAACUAAUAAGGUGUACCCAUACCCAAUAGAGGUGAACGUGGGUGACUUUGUUCCCUUCAAGCUUUCCGGUAGCAACUAUCCUGAUUGGAAAAGGCUGAUGCUUCAUCUUAUUGAGAAUCAAGGCUUGCUCGGUUUCAUUUUGACACCAAAUAUCCCCAGAAUAGAUUCCUUGGCGUGGAAAAGAACAGAUGGGUUGUUGCAAAGUUGGAUAAUAAGGGCAAUCAAUGAAAGCUUCCUUGCAAGUGUUUUGAAUUUGGAAACUGCCAGUGAUAUGUGGACAAAGUUAGAGGGACUGUUCAAUUCUGAAACUCUAAUUGAAUACCGAUACCCAGUAGAAGUUAACGUGGGGGACUAUGUUCCCUUCAAGCUCUCUAGAGAAAACUACCGUAUGUGGUCAGAAUUGAUGCUUCGUCUUAUUAAGAGACAAGGUUUGCUUGGUUUCAUCGAUGGCACAGUUCCAAUACCAGAGGGGACAGGGGAGAACAAUUAUAGGCGUGAGGCAUGGAGAAGAACAGACUGGCUAGUGCAAGGCUGGAUAAUGGGGACGAUCGAUCAAAAAGAUGUUCUUUCAUGUGUGGUGGUGGACUUGCGCGACGACACAACUGCCCAUGAUAUGUGGACUAAGUUAGAAAAAGUCUUUGAUCCCAAUAAAAGAAGUGAAACGAUGAAAAACAAAGAAGGCGAAGAAAAAGAUGUAGGGUUUUACCGGCCACUGCAUAGAUUUACACUGAAAGGUGAGUGGGAGAAAGCCAAAGAAUUCUUGGAACAACACGAAGAUGCAGUGAGUGCGGACAUCACUGGAGAGGGGGAUACAAUACUGAUGGUAGCAGUUAGUUCUGAGAAGAGAAAUCAUUUUGUUAAGAGUCUAUUGGAGUUUGUGUCCUCAUCACAUGUGGAUUUGACUCAUCAAAGGAAUCACGAAGGUGAGACGUGUCUUCAUUUAGCAGCAUCAGCUAACAACCUUGAGGUAGCCAAGUUGUUAGUGGCCAAGGUCCAACGUCUGCCCAAUAUUGAGGAUAAUGAAUUUCUACCUCUCCACCAUGCUGCUGUAUUUGGCCACAAGAAUAUGGUUCAUUACUUAAUGGACGUCACCAGUUAUCAAGAAGACAACAAAUGGUUAACUACUUUUGUUGCUUAUUUGAUAAAUAGUGGUCUAUACGACAUUGCUCUGCUAUUCCUUCAGCGCCAUGGUGCAUUAAUUGCAAGGGAAACAAACAUGCAUGUCUCUCUGUUGCAACUACUUGCUAUGCAAAAUUCAGCAUUCAAGAGUGGAACAAAAUUCAACUUUUGGCAAACAUUAAUCUACUUUUGUGUUCCUACGAAGUUGGAAGAGUCUACAUACCAUUGUAGUUGUGGAGACGUUGAGAAUCCUACCCAUUGCUGCAUUUCUGGUACAAUGAAGCAAAAGUUGUUGGGUGUAUUUUGGAAAGUUGCUGAAAUGCUAUUGCCAUGCAUCAAGCACGUCCGAGGGAUAAAAUGGAAGCAUGAUCACGCAAUUCAACUUGUCAGACAUCUUUGCAUGGAAUAUGAAAAAUUAGAUUUUUCAGAAGCUAGACAUAGAGUUGGAAGAUCAGUAAUUGCCGCAACAAUUUCUGGGAUUCCUGAAGUUAUUGAAGAGAUUGUUUCAAUAUUUCCUGAAGCAAUAUAUAGUAAAAACGAAGAGGGACAAAAUUUAUUGCAUAUUGCAAUUUUGAACCGUCAAAGAAAAGCAUUCAAACGUAUUUAUCAACUUUCUGACAAGCCUGUUAUCAAUUCUCUUUUAACAUGGCCUGAUUCAUCGGGUAACACUAGUCUGGAUCUAGUUGCAUAUUUAAAAAAGGAGCAGAGUAGCAAACUCAAAGCUGAUGCAGCUGGUGCAGCUCUACAAAUGCAACUUGAAUUGCAAUGGUUUAAGGAAGUAGAAAAUAUUUCAUUUAUGCAUGAGGGCAAGUAUAAAAUUGGAAGAAAGACACCGACAGUGAUCUUUUCUGAGACGCACGCGGACUUAAUGAAAGAAGGAGAAAAAUGGUUAAAAGACACUGCUAAUUCAUGCACAAUUGUAGCAGCUCUAGUUGUUACCAUAGUAUUUGCAGCUGCCAUUACGGUACCAGGUGGAAGCGAUGACAAGAGUGGCUUCCCAAUUCUUUUCAAAGAUAAAGCCUUUAUAAUCUUUAUGAUAUCAGAUGCGCUAGCUCUUUUUUCGUCUGCUUCAUCUUUGUUGAUGUUUUUGUCCAUUCUUACUUCGCGUUACGCGGAGAUUGAUUUUCUUUACUCUUUACCUAAAAGAUUAAUUUAUGGUCUCAUAACUCUGUUCGUCGCCAUAGUGUCUAUGAUGGUAGCCUUUGGAGUCACAAUCCACCUUAUUUUUGGACAGAAGACAACAUGGAUUCUUGCUCCUGUAAGUGUUUUUUCUACUAUACCGGUGAUAUUGUUUGCAUCCUGGCAAUUUCCUCUCCUUCAAGAUAUGAUUAAAUCUACCUAUGGUGAGGGCAUUUUCGGCAAAAAUAAUGAUGGUUUGCUCGUUUCUAGAUCAAGUAGACAGAGGAAGUAGUUUUAUUUUUAUCUCAUCUAAUUUGUAUGAUUAACAUUUUGUUGUCUCUAAAAUUGUUGGGACAAGGAUUUAAGACUAUUUGACUUGAUAUUUCUAAUAUUUUUCCUCAUUCUACUGUC